ACAGGAGGAGGAGGGUGUCCAGUAUGCAGGCGCUUAGGGGGAGGGGGGGUGGUCCUGUUAACUGGCCGCCAGCCAGAGAGGGUGCUGGGGAGGAGUGCAAGCUCCGCGGUGACGCAUGGUUCUCACGUGACCCGGAGCUGCAGAGCGACGCAUCCUUCAGUUCAGUCUUCACUCGCGUCUGACUACCAGAUUGCCGCUGCACUGAGCUUGGCGGGCUGGCACCAGGCCGGGUGAAAGAGGAGCAGGUCUGAGUGUCACAGCGGCGCACCUUUCUGCAAGAAUCAGAAGGAGGAGGUGGAGACUGCGAGGAUAGGCCCAGGAGUAAUGGAAUCCAAAGAAGAGCAAGCUGUAAAAAAUAUCAGCAUGGAAAAUGCCCAAAAGAAACAUGAAGAAAAGGACCAAGUUGCUAAUAAAGGAGAGGAAGCCUUGGCCCUCCCUUUGGAAGCUGGUGAAUACUGUGUGCCCAAAGGAAAUCGUAGGCGGUUCCGCGCUAGGCAGCCCAUCUUGCAGUACAGAUGGGACAUGAUGCAUAGGCUUGGAGAGCCACAGGCAAGGAUGAGAGAAGAGAAUAUGGAAAGGAUUGGGGAGGAGGUGAGACAGUUGAUGGAAAAGCUGAGCGAAAAGCAGUUGAGUCAUAGUCUUCAGGCAGUUAGCACUGACCCCCCUCACCAUGACCAUCAUGAUGAAUUUUGCCUUAUGCCCUGAAUCCUGUUUUCCCUGAAUAGGGAGACACCUACUUCCUAAACUCACAUGUUAGUGAUGUACCUUUGUUGUGAACCUUUUGAUGUUAUUUGUUGACGUGAGUCUCCUACUACCAACUUCUAAUUAAAUGUUGUGGUUUUUGUUACCCAGGCUGUAAGAUUUUUGUUAGCAGAAGAAUUCUACCUAUUGCGUGGAAAGAUGCUCAUAUAUUGUGAAGUUAAUAAAACAGUUUUAAAAAGCAA